CUUUGGCAGUAUGAAAGCAAACACCCCAUCACAAAAUGGGUUGGUUCAGCCACAUACACAUUACUCCUUUCUGAAAACAGCAUCAGAAGGAUUGUCUCAGAAUGACUCUGAUUCUGAAAGUCUUGCUCAGGAGAGACAGUAUCAGCUAGAACUCCAGAAGCGGAUCUGUGAAAGUGAAGAGCUGGUUGGCCAAUCUGAUGAUGGGCUGGAACAGGACAGCCUAGAAGAAGACAGCCUAGAAGAGCAGUCCUCAGCUGGAGAAGAAGAGCUAGAGGUGGGGGAGACACAACGGAUUCCAAAAAGAAGCGGUUGUGGAAAAGAAAACAGCAGAGAGGCAAGUGCCCAAGAGGAAAUUGUGGAUAGAUAUUCUGAGCUGAGAUACAACCCCGACUGGAAAAAUAGCAAAGAGGAAGCCGUAUUUGUUGAGCUGGAUGAAUUGCACCAGGAGGACGAGGAGGAGGAGGAAAUCUUGUCUGUUGUCCCCCACCAUUUGUCCUGCAGCCCUUCCCAGUUCAGGCCCACAUGCAGGGACCAUCAGUUACUGGGAAGACCACAAAAUAUACCACCUGCAUUUAGCAGACCACCCUUGAACUCUUGUGAUCCACCUGCAAAGGUGAGCAGCAGACCUUACAGACUGCACAAUGAUCAAAAGGAAUUAGUAGCCAUUUGCCCUUUUGACGGUGGUUCCAAUCAAUGGAGUGACAGCUCUUCUUCUCCAGUGAAAGAAUUUAAAAGGAAAUAUGGAAAAGACUUCAUAGAAAAGAACAAGCUGACCUUGGGACUAGCUACCCAACAGACCAAUACCUAUUUACAGCUCCAUGGUACAAAGGAAAGGGAAGAACCUCAAGGGCAGGUUUACCAAUACAAAAGACCAGUGGUGGGCAGAACAAACUUGAGCGAAGCUGUGUCCCCGAAAGAAAGCUCUUUGGGUGGAAGCCCUAUCCACAAUGCAUUCAAAACCCAAGUAGAACUAAGAAGCCAGGAUGUUGGAUGUCACAAUAUAUUAGAAUGUGGAAAUAUUCAAACCAGUUCCAGCUCUUAUGCAGAAGUGUCUGAUGUGGAGCCAGGUGGCAGGCGAGGGCUGCACCACCGGUUUUAUCCAAAUCCAUCUGUGCCUGCUCUCUGUCCCUCCAUCACAGAUAACUCCAAGCAGGAUAGCGAGUUUGCUACAGACCCGGCCAACAUUGUUCCUCGGAAUGGCAAGCAAAAUUCCAUGAAUGUAUCCAUUGCUAGGAAUUCUUUUCCACUGAGUUCCUACCAAAGCUCCCUAGGACUUCAUUCACCAUGUACUGGUGAAAAGAAGAAGAAAUAUCAAUACCUUCCUGAAAACUCUGUUGGAUCCCACUACCAAUAUCCGUAUCAGCGUACUGUUUCAGAACCCCUGUCUGUUGCCAGACAUGGCAAGCGCCAGAACCUCCUAAGGCACCAAAGCAUUUCACGUAUUCACCAUGAUGGCAUUCAACGGCCAUUAAAAGGAGAAGUUUUGUGUCAGAACCCCAGACAGAAAUAUACAGAGAAGAUCCCUGGCAGCUAUGCUUCUGGCAACUCAGGGCCUUCCCAGCCACCUGCUCACGACCUGAUCCGAGCCCUUUCUCCAACCACACGGCUCAUCCAGGCUGCAGAGAGGCAGCACCGAGAAAUCUGUCAACUGGCAGAUGAUCACCUUGGUGGAAUCCAGUUCACUAGCAUGUUUCCGCCCAUAAUACAGAGGGGGGAGAGCGACCCACAGCUCAACAAGGAGAGCCACAAAGAGAGCCAACCCCUUAUGAACCGCAGCAAUUCUGAAGGCUACUUGCUUCAGAUGGAAAAGCAAAAGGAGAGGAAGGAAAAAGAGAACAGAAAGGGUUCUAGGACAAAAGGCUACAUGAAGAUGGAUGUGAAGCUUGGAGGCCUUGGACCUGACUAUGAAAUGAUCAAAGAGAAAUCUGAAAAGAUAAAGCAGCAAAAAAAGUAUGCCAAGCAUGUUCAGGAGCACAACAUGAAGAACAUCACAAGUACACGGAAACCACAACCAAGAUCUGAAAUCAAAUCGGCAGCUUCAAGGCAGAAGGCCCUACAAUAUGCCAAGACAAUUCCCAAGCCAAAACUUUUUGUAUCAAGGCCAUUGGAACAAGAGCCUGAAGAUGAGAAACAUCCGGCGCAUACUUUAAAUGGAGCGACCCUCCCUCCCAUCUCAUCUCUGGAAUCACUGCAGAACAGGCAUGAGAAGGAGAAGCAAGCAGUGGCUGCAUUCAAGACCCUGCAUAUCGUAUGA